GCGGGCCCAUGGCCCGCACAACAGGAGCCCGAACCCGAUAAGCACUGCACCCGAUAAGCUCCACCGCGUCGCGUGCGCUUUACCCGGCGACUCCAGGCAGACCAGAGCCGGCCCGGCGGAGGGAUAGAGGUGGAGAGGACGCGCACGGCAUGGCAGGUUCACCACCAAAGCCAUGGGAGCGAUCUGGAGCUGAGGGUGCAUCCGGUCCAGCACCGUUCAAGCCCCCAUCCGGUGGCAGCACUAGCGAUGUCGUAGAAGCUUCUGGUACAGCUAAGCCUGGAGAAAAUGUCACUGCUACAGAGACGAAUGUCUCUGCCACUGUAAAUAGCACCAUCUCGAGGCCUAUGCCACAACGCCCUUGGCAGCAGACAGGCUAUGGAAAUACUUACGGAGGUUACGGUGGAUCCAAUAUGUAUGGUUCAUAUGGUGGAUAUGGCAGCAGUGGUGGGCUCUACGGAAAUAGCAUGCACUCGAAUUACGGAGGAGGUUAUGGUGGUGGCCUUUACGGCAGUGGGAUGGGAGGAUAUGGUGGAGGCAUGUACGGUGGUGGGAUGGGAGGAUAUGGUGGUUACGGCACGGGUGGAAUGGGUGGUAUGGGCAUGGGUCCUCAUGGUAAUCUGGGUCCAAAUUCAUGUGGCCCUCCUGCAUCGCCACCAGGUUUCUGGGUGUCCUUCCUAAGAGUGAUGCAUGGUGUUGUCAAUUUCUUUGGGCGAAUCUCAUUCCUUGUUGAACAGAACACUCAAGCAUCCUAUUUUUUCAUGACAGCUAUGCUGCAGCUCUUCGAGCGGUCUGGUAUGCUUUAUGGCGAACUUGCACGGUUUGUGUUGCGUCUGCUAGGAGUCCGAAGGAAGCCAAAGAAAGGCAGUGUUCAGGGACCAGAAGCCACGACAUUCGAGGGACCUGGCCACCAGUUUAUUGAGGCACCUAAAGCAAACAACUGGGACAACGUUUGGGGAAACUAAGAUGCCUCUGUGUCCAGUGAGAUUUAUCAUAUAGAAACAUACUGUUUAAGAAGCAAAGGACUAUGGGAGUUUGCCUGCCUGUUGAAUCAGAAAGAAGAGUACCUGUUCAGUAUCUACUUGCGGGAAUUAGGGGGAAGUUGUCAAGAUAUCACUGCCUUCUCUGAUUUUCACGACGUCGCCUUGAUGUAGCUGUGGCCUCAUAACACCGGUGGUUUCGUAAGACUGAUGAAGAACGGUUUGCCAGUGCACUGAUGUUCAGGUGUUGUUGUCUUAUCUAUGUGGGUAUUGCUUGUAUAUCUCUCCGGGUAAGUAGUACUUGAUGCGAAAAGAGUAUAGCAAAAUGUUUUGUGUACCUUUACCAUCUGAACUUUGAGUUGAUCUUACUAAAGUUGGCUUUGGAAUUGCA